CACCUUUUCAAAUUCUUUUUUUAAUUUGCUUCCCCCCCCCCCAUCGAAACAAAUUUUUACAGUUUUAGUUACCAUUGACUAAUUUCCAAUAUUUGUGUGUGAUUUGUGAUUUUCUUGAUCAUUUAGGUUGAAAAAUAAUUUUUCAUGCAAAAUUGUUCACUCCGGCUCUGAGUUUGAUGAGGGAAGCUGGUGAAGCAUGAGCAGCGAUGCGCAAUUUGGAACCAAACGAUCGUCUCUAGCCUGUCAAGCUGGCAAGCCCGGUCACCAGCCAUGCGCAAUUGUGCUAACUGAAAAUGCGGCAGGGUCCUUGAUGCUUUCACGUUUUACAGAGGAACUAGACUACCAGGAACUCUACACAAAUGCAAAGCAUGCCUUGACUGCCUCGCUCUCGCUUCAUUUCCAGGAAAACUACUCAACAGUCAGAGUCUAGAGGCAGACUUCACUGUUGACUCUCGCCUGAAUACUGGGAAAUUCUCCAGCACAGCUGCUGUCCUAUUACCCACCGAUUCCAGGGGAAAUCAGGAUAAAAUGGCGGAGACAAUACAAGAAUCUUCUGCUGUCUGAAAACAAACUUGUCUUGGGCCAGAGGAUAUAUCUCAGGAGUGGCCCAAAGAACAAGACCCCUGUCAUCCACUAACCCUGCUGAGUAGGACCGUACCACUCAAACCUUGUGAAGACCAAACAGCAUCUUUCUGGAGGGAAGAGACAAGGCAUAAAAAAGGUCUUUGUGUGUUGCUAUUUGCAUUUCUAUGUUUUUCCAGUUGAUGUUGGACAAUAUUCCCUGUAUAUUCCAAUAAAUGAUAUAUUCCAACCAGCAUCUCUUCUCUUCAUCUAGGAGCUGUGAUUAAAGUGCAAUGAUGGUUAAACCGGUCAAGAAAAGAUUCAUCCAGGAAUGGAAGAUGACAGAAGCAGUUCAGCCCAAAGAGAAGAUACCAGAGCCCUCCCCUAAAGCUGUAAUGAAUCAUGUUGAGAAGUAUCCCCACACUACCGCAGCCAAUCUCUUGACCCAGCAAUCGGUCAUGCACCCUACCCACCCAUUUCGCAUUACAGCCCCCGGUGUUGCAUGGGGUGCACCUCCUGGUGACCCCCAUGUAGCCAUGCGUAACCACUAUGUUGAGCCCAUGUACCUACAUCAUCAGUCCAUCCCUAGAUCAACGGGACCACCCAACGUCAUCAUCCGUCCACCAGAGAGGCAGAGCCACCCUACGAUGAUCAACCCGACGGACAUCACAGGCUUACCCGGUCGUGGUGCCAAGCGUCCACAGAUGCCCCAGGACAUGGCUGCAGUGGAGGCCAAGGCAAGCAGGAAGCGGCGCAAACCAGAGGGCAAGACUGAACUUGUUAUGAGUCCAUUCCUGAAUGGUGGCGUCAAUGGCAGCGUGCAUAUCAAUGAGAAGAUUCCUCCAAUCCAACCAAUUAUCUUAGACUUUGAGGUGCCCCUGCCGCCUAUAUCACCCACCAACUCAAAUCCUGAUGAAAAAUUUGGAGGAUCCAGGGGAGACAGUAGUGAAAAAAAGAACGCUCAGGCCAUGUCUCCUGUCCACUCUCCUGCCAGAGAGGAUGAACCAAGGCAUCAUAAUAGACAUCCAAAACUUGCCGGUUUAGCUGAUCGACAGCCAUCCAAGCCAGGAAGUGACAACCCAACAAAGAACUCUCUCUUCAAAAAACCAGACAUUGAUCAUUACAAGUCCAGUGUACAGACAGGUGGAACCCGUUGCUUCAUCUGCCAAAACGCAAUCAUUCCCAAUCCAAAGGACUAUCCUGUUGCACCUAGUGGUCUUGUUAUAUGUACAAAGUGCAGAAAACUCGCAAAGUCUGGAAGUCCUGUAGCGAUUGGCCCACCGCCCAAACUUCAAAUACCCAGCAGAAAUAACCAAGCACGGUCUCAACCUCAGCAGAGGAUACCUCGUUCACCUGUCGCUAAAUCCCCUGCCGCCAGCCUUACUCUCCCUCGAUCACCACUCCCCCGAUCACCAUCUAGGUCUCCAGCUCCUACUUCCCCUAACCCAAACUCUUCACCUAGUUCUCCUGCAAACACUUUAUCCGCUCCUAAUUCUCCAGCUUCUACCUCUGGACUGUCUGUGCCAGGUUCACCACGAUAUUCUGCUCCAAACUCACCAAGGUAUUCAGCACCGAAUUCUCCAAGGAAUUCAGCACCAAGUUCACCCGUUUCACGACCACCAGGUUCUCCUCUGCCAAAGCAUCCCUCUAUAGUAGUUUCACGAUCUCCUUUUUUUAGUUCCAGCUCUCAUUCACAGCCACCGUCUCCACAUCCUAUUGAAUCUUCUAGUGGUAGAAGACACAGUAUCAGUGGUACACAUUUAGAGGUGCAUGUUGGCACCAGUGCUUCAAAGGCAUCUCCCACUGGCAGUAUCGGUGCAGUAGCAAGCCCACGGUCGGGAUCUACUGCAGAUUCCCCUGCGUCAAUGGAGAACUUGCAUUUACCACCUGGUCGAGAAGGUGAUGAUACAACAAUCCGUGCUCUACUGCAGCUUGGUCGCAUGAAAGCAGACAGUGAACGGAGAUCAGGGCUACAUGGAAACAGAACUCUUGAUCAGGGAGAUCUUGGGUUGCCACAGAAUCUUGCAGAUAUCUCCAAGUUAGACCAAGCUCAGCUGUUAGAAUUACAGCACAGACUCAGAUAUGCUGGGUUGCCUAGCCGUUAUUUUCAGCAAGAUUCACAGGGAUCUGCCAAUCCGGAUGAUGUGGAGACAAAAGAUUCAACUGGCCAUCAGUUAUCAAAGUCAUUGAGUCCCAAUAGUGCCAAGAGUGUGAUCCAGUUAGGCUAUCAAAGAAAUGGACCACCCUUAAUGAGAUCAGAAGGUGUCGUUGGCACUGCUCUUCCUAUUACCGCACUACCAUCAACAACAGAAGAUGCACCUUUGAAGAUCAGUCGGGUUGCUCGCAGUGCUCAAGGUAGUAUGGAUCACAGGAAUUCCCAUUCACCUAGCGACCCUCAGAGUAGAAUUGAAAUGUUGCGUAGGACUGGGCGACAAUGUGCUGCAUCCCAUUUUGAAAAGUAUGGAAAAUACUACAAGAAGAAUGGAAACAAGGCGAACACCAUCAUAGACCUGUUCCGAGACCGUUAUUCUGUGUUCCAGUGCCACUGCUCCAGUAGUGAAGUGUUCUUCAUCAGGUGUCCUGAAUGUGAUUUCAUCUGUAACAGUAUAUUUGGGAUGGAGCUUCAUAUAGCUGCCCAGAGACACGGUGAAGGUAGUGGACACCCCCCUCCGCAACCUCCAUCCAAUGAUUCAGACUAUGUGUGUGAUGACCAAUCUUGUAAGGAUAGCAGAGCCGAUAGUGAAGCUUCUCAUUCUUCAUUUGAAACCCAAUCAGCAGACACAGAAGCUGAGGGAUCAGUCAGCGGCUCACCCCCAAGAACUAUCCAAGAGACCUCUCAAAAUGUUUACAGUCCUUUACCUGGCAGUAUUCCUGAACCUUGGCAAGUAGCCAGUCGUGCAAGAUCUGGAAGUGGAGUGGUGGACCUUGGUUCUACUGUUCCACAUGUCAACAUCCCCAGACCUUUACCUCAGGGAUUAGGGGAGCAUCUGCUUCCACAUCAUAGGCCUGCAGAGCUUCCCAGCCCCCUGGAUCUGAGUGGAAAGCGGUCAGCUGAGCAGUCACUCUUUGAGCAUCGAGAAAGAAGCGGAAGUAGAGCGAGAAGAAGUCAUGAAGGCAACGGUCCAUUGGAUCUGUCUGGCUACAAACACAUCCAGACUCCUCACAGCCAAUUUGUGUCCAGCCAGAGGUUGGGAUCAGUUGGAAACGUGAUUGAAAAGUCCAUUUCUACAAGCAUUCCCAGUCUUAGUCUAUCAGACUCGGUUUCCCAGAUACCACCAGGAAUGCAAGCAGUGGGUGCCCCAGGUAUUCCAUUUGCCUGCAGUGCAUCAACUGCAAGCACUUCUCAACCACCUUAUCCAAUUCCAACCAUGCUCUAUCCUUUAUCAACUCUAGCAGGUACAAUACCUCUCUUGACCCCUAUCCAGUUCCAGUCAGCAUCUGCACCACCAAGUCCAAACCACCCAAGGCAACUAGAAGUAGGCCAGCAAAGACGUUCCUCCUUCUCCUUAGCUCCACCGUCUGAAAGAUCAUCAAAGAGUGCAAGCCCUGCUCCAUCGAUGUCUUCACCUCAAGAACAGACACGUCAGUCACUGUCCAUACCGCAGCAAUCGUCACCCAAACCUUCCUCCCAAGGUGCUAAAGGAAAAGGAUUGAGUUACCAAGGUGGCACAAUCACUAUCCAACCAUCCUCUCUAUCCUCAUCCAUUAAUCAGAAAACUGUGACAUUAGAUUCCCAGUUCUCCCACUCUUCCCCGGCCACACCCCAAGGCUCCCGUUCCCCUCAGACCCCAAUGCCAAGCUCACCCGCACCUCUUCUCUCAAGUACUGUUCAAGCUCAACCUGUCUUGGUCAAAAGUGAACCACAAAGUGAUGAAGAAAGAGACAGAGUAAUCCCAAGGUUUGGAAGGGAUAAAGACACUUCAGUCAACAAGGACGAUGGGACAGAGGGUAUGAGUGAUACGCCAGCAAGUUUAGAGGGUAAAGAUACUGAUGCAGAUAAGGACAAAGAAAAGGAACAAGAGGUAGAGAAAUCUAGUGUUAGUCCAGAAAUCCCAUCCUCUUCACACACCAACACCAUCCCACCUGUUCAGAUAAAAAUCGAAUCAGAAAAUUAGAAGACGUAGUUGAUUAUACUUAAGGUUGCCCCACUGUGGUGUAUAAAACUCUCUCAUAAAUACAAAUUGUGCUUAUAUUCAGGUUUAAAACAAUAUUGUCUUUCUAAGCAUCAAGAAUUACUUGACUUAUUUCAUUCGUUUCAAGUGACGGGGGCAUUGGAAAUCUCCACUAAAUUGUUCUUCCGUAUGAUCACUCAAGGUAAUACCAAUACAGUCACUCCAUGAACUUUCAAUAUUAUGCAUAUUGUACUCACAUCACUGUUGAAAUGUGCAGAGCUCAUAUGGAAGGUGAAUAUGAACAAAUAGACUACUUUGUAAAGAGCUUAAGAUCAAUACUGGAUCAAAAGUGUAGUGUGUGUCUGAUUGAGAAUUAUCAUGUGUCAAGCACCGGGUAAUCAUAUUCAUGUGGAACUCAUAGAGGGACUGUAAAAGAACAAAUAUGCAUUUCCAUUAAAUGCUAGCUUGUAAUUUAAGUGAAUGCAACAUCAAUGCACAGAAUAUAUAUAAUUGCUGUUUUAAAGAUUAUUGUGUGCUCUAUAUGGAGUAUGCAUUAAGAAGGCUGUUUCAUUUUUUUUUAAUUGUGUGGUAGAUGGUUGCUUGCAGUUUAUAUGAUAGACAUCUUGUAAUCACCACCCAUUUUGAGCUGUUGUGAUGGUUGUAUAUGUAUAUAACAUAUAAAUAUACAUAUCAAUAUAUAUAUAAAGAUAUAGAUUAUCUCUAUUUUAUUGCUGUUGUGUUGUAUCUGACUAGUAACUAUUAGUGUUACCUCGUUUUUAUCAAUAUGCUGCAAUGGUAUUUUUUUUCUUCAUCAUAAAAAUUUUUAAAAACCAUAGAAAAAUGUUGGCAAGGUAGUAGCAUUGGUUUGCUUCUCUUUGAUGCUAUCAAAAUCUUUAAAGAUAGUUUAUCGGAUCUGUUUGUCAACAGAACAAAAGUCCCUCCCCCCCCCUCCACAUUCAAAUUACUUUUUAAUGUAAAAAAAAAGAAUAAGGUGCUAUUUCAGUCGGAAUUGUGCAAAGGUAUCCCCAACCAUAUUGAUAACUCCCUUUUUCAAAUCGAUUCUUCAAAGAGUGGAAUUUAAGAUAAAUCUUGAAUGGUGCUUGUUUUUCUUUGUUCUUUAUGCUUUUAGUACUUCCUUCAUGCCAUCUGCAAUAUUAGUAGGGCAAUAACAUAUUAGUCCUCAAUUUUAUAAAAAAAUGAAUUAAAUAACUUAGAAGUCUCUCUGUUUCCACAUGAAGAGAUAGGAGCAACUACCAAUGUAUUAGUGGUUACCACUAAAUGGUAUGGCAGAUUCUUGGUUCAGAUAAAAGCAAUCAUGUUUUAAUUUAAAGAAAAGGUUAAUUUGACACUGAUGCCAGUAGGAUUCUUGGUUCUGUUAUGACAGUACACUUUUGCGGUCAAUUGGUAUCUCCAUGGAAAUCUUGAUUUUGAAAGGCUAAAUGGAACAAUUUUGGUUACGCACUUAUGCUGUCACCCUCAAAGGAAACUUCAUAUAUAUAGCUGGGAAGGUAUUUGAUUAAGUUUCCAAGCUUUUCAUCAAUUACAUAACCCAUUUCAAUUUAGUUUACUCAUGUAAAUCAAUGCUACUAGCUUUGUCCGGCAAAAAAAAAAGUACCU